AAUGCAUUUAUGCAUUCCCAGGGAUGGGUAGGAAGGUCUUCUGUAAGUGAAGCGGGGUCUGAGUCAGGUCAGCGAUGAAAUGUCGGGAGGACCCGAGAACCCGUUCAAGGCACUGUUUGGUUCAGAAGCGGGUCUCCAGGAGUUCCUCGUCAAUAGAAGACGGGAGGAAACAGACCAUCCAGACACGGAUGAGAGUCGUCUCAUCAAGGAGACGUUCCGAUUUGCAGCCAAGGUGAGGGAUGGUGACCCUGAAGGUCUCCUCCUCUUGGAGGAUUUUGAAACCAUGGCCCCUGAUGGUGUCCUCAGCCUCACAGUUGCUGAACAGAUGCUGACAGAGAAGUUGCUUCUUGAUGACCCCCAAAACAAUGGCUCUUCGAGAGCACAAAAUGAGGAUCGUCCAGUGAUCUACCUCUUUGAGUCGUUCUGCCGUUGCCUUGCAUUCUCGCAAUGCCCUGGUCAGAAGGAUGAGGUUUGUCAGGUGAUAGCAAGGCACCUCCUCACCUGCUUCAGGCAGCCAGACCUCUUCCCUCGUGCCACUGACCUGCCUGAUCAGCUAUAUCAUCAUGUGUUGACCCAUGCCAAUUCAGGAGCAGUCCUUAAGUUCAUCCAAUUUGUUGUCGGAGAGACUGCAGAUGCCGAAGAAGUCGACAUGGUGUUUCGAUCUGGUUUAGACCGUUUGAAGGAGGAGGCAAGAAACUGCAGUAUCUCAGGGAUCUCCACUCAGGUCCUGCAUGUGUUGGAUAUCUACACAACAAAUGAGAGCCUUGGGGAAGCACUGAUGAGACACAAUGAGGUACGAGAAGAAGAUCGGGACAACGGGGCAGCGUACGUUGACACUGUGUUUGGUCAGCUGCUCUCCCUGUCCCCACUGCCUAGAAACGAAAUAGGGAAGUAUGAAUUCUUCACCAAUCCCUCGCGGGAGUCUAUCCAAGCUCACAGGGACACUGAAUCCUCCCUCCAUUCAGCACUCAACCAUCUGCACAAACAGGUACAUGAAGUGUUCCUGCGCCUGUUGAAGCUGUCGAGUACGACGCGAAGUCGUCUCCUGGUCUGGCUGGCUGACUGCCUUCAUGCGAACCGCAGCCGGUCCAAAUUGGCAUAUUCCAUGCGUCUGGGCCUCCGUGUCGCCUCUGAUGGCUUUGUGCUGAAUCUUGGUGCCGUGCUCCUCCUCCUUUGUGAACCGUUUGCAGGGAAUCCUCCUAAUCCCAAGAUGCAGAAAGUGAGCCCAUAUUAUUGGAAGGCCUGUGGGACAGCACAAGGGCUUGCAACCAGGGGAGUGCAUUACAGAUACGAGAGUACCGACACGACGCUCGUCCCCCCAAUUGACGAGCAUCAGACUGAUCUCCAGCGUCUCUUUGAGGGACUCAGCUUCAAUUUUCCAACUGAAUGCUUCUUUCUCACUCACAGGGCCCUGGAUAUAGGAUUUCGUGCAGUUGGAGGACGGUAUCUAGAAGUGAAUCAGAGCCUGGGUCGCCUCCAGCGUCUUCAUGCGGACACAGUGGCACAGGCAGGAGCCUCAUCUUCUGCAGCUCAGUCCAUCCAGGAGAACCUGGAAGGAGGGAUGACCCGGUACCUCUCCAUGAAGGCUGUCCUAUUUGAGCCCAGGAGUCUGUCUUGUCUAGUGGAGUUCUGUGCCUCGACAGGGACCUGGUUGGCUCAGCUAGGGACUGAGUCCCCAGCAGCCUUUGCCAGUGACCAGAGGGAGAUUCAUACUAUCUCAUUCCCUCUCCCAUCUGAACCUUCACCCUCAUUGCAGGCAGUGCCAGAGUUCUUGGCUGAAAAUGUGAUCGAGACCCUGAUUCUCCUGAGACGCUUCAGUGCUGGCACCCUGGAUGAGCACCUGCCCCUUUUGCCACACUUCAUGACCUUCAUCCUUGUGUUCAUCGGAUCGGCCGUCCGCAUGAAGAACCCACACCUGCGGGCCAAGAUGGCCGAGUGCCUCGAGUCCUUGCUCCCGUCAUCAGAGGGAAAGAGCCUCAUGUCAAGGGAGUUCCUUUGGACUAAGCACAAACAUGUCACAGCCAUAGCGCCAAACCUACUGCGAGUGUUUGUGAGCAUAGAGGUGGCUGAGACGGGUGCUACAGGAACAGGGCAGGGGGAGGCUGUUGCCUUUGAGCAGAAAUUCAACUAUCGGCGCCCCAUGUACAUCAUCAUGGACUGGCUCUGGCAGCACCAGGUACACAAAAAAGUGUUUGAGGAAUUGGCAGAGGAAGCACUGAAGAACAUGGAGGGAGUGAAUCCCCCUCUAUUCUUGCGCUUUCUGAACCUACUCAUGAAUGAUGCCAUCUUCCUCCUGGAUGAUGCCCUUGGGUACAUGAGCAGAUUGAAGACGCUCCAGGCAGAGAGGGACUCGGGUGCUUGGACCUCCCUCCCUGCACGCCAGCGGCAGGAACAGGAGAACAACUUCUUUCAUCUUGGAAUGCUUGCCAGGUUCCACAAUGUGUUGGGAAAGGAGACCAUCCACACGAUGGAGCUGCUGGCUCAAAGUCCCACCGUCCGACGGAUGCUCGUGCACGAGAUGCUGCGGGAGCGCAUCGCCAGCAUGCUCAACCACUUCCUGCUCCACCUGGUUGGCCCCAAGAAGAAGGAGUUCAAGGUGAAGGACCUGGAGGAGUACCAGUUCCAGCCCAAGACCAUUGUCGUCGACAUCUGUCGCAUCUACAUCCACCUGAGCCACAGCCCCGAGUUGUGUGCUGCCGUGUCGCAAGAUCGGCGCUCCUACUCUUGUCAGCUCUUCCCUCAGGCCAUCGAUGUCCUCGAACGCAUCGGCCGACACGAUCUGGUCGAACCUCUGCUUCGUGUGAAGCAGAACGUGGAGUCAUCUGUAUAUGGCAGACAGGAGGAGGAAGAGCUGGCAAGUGAGGCCCCUGAAGAAUUUCUGGAUCCCAUCAUGUCUACCCUCAUGCGAGAUCCUGUCAUUCUUCCUACGUCAGGUGUCACUGUCGACCGACACACCAUUGCCAGGCAUUUGUUGAGCGACCAAAAGGACCCAUUCAAUCGGAUGCCACUGACGAUGGACAAGGUGGAGCCGAACGAGGCCCUGCGCGAGGCCAUCCGAACGUGGCUGGAGGCACGCACGCACCGCAAACCCGAUACCGAGUCGUCUUCGAUGUGAUAGUCAGCUUGUGAUAAUCAGAGCAUCAGAUUAUUUCUACUUCGACAGUGAGGCUUCUUGGUCUUCUCUGCCUUCGAUUUGCCCAGUGUCUUUGAUAUUCUCCGGUCGAAUAAAUGCCGAUUUAUGGGCUGAGGGGUA